AUGUCGUUCCCAUCUGCGACGCGCAUUGGCGGUAGUGCCUUCAACCACCAGCAGUCUGGCGACGCCGAGGCCGAGUACGAUAGAUUGAGAGACCUUGCGCGACAGGAACACAGCAAACGUCAGCACUGUUCCGCCGAGUCACAGAAGGCCUACGCGCGUGGAGACGGAGGUGCUGCCCACGACUUGUCGCAGGAAGCUAAGAGCCAUGGACAGAAGGCAGACGACUAUAACAGACAGGCAUCCGAGUUCAUCUUCCGUGAGAACAAUGCCGUAGGAAGAGUUGACAGCGAUACCAUUGACCUUCACGGUCAGUUUGUCGAAGAGGCCGAAGAGAUUCUGGAACAAAGAAUCAAGUACGCAAAGAGCACCGGCCAGAACCAUCUGCAUGUUAUUGUCGGCAAGGGCAAUCACUCUGUCAACCACGUUCAGAAGAUCAAGCCUCGCGUCGAGCAGAUCUGCCAGGAGCAAGGUCUUCAGUACCACACCGAGCACAAUGAAGGUAGAAUCUACAUCAACCUUACCGGUGGAGCAGCGGUCCCUCCUGCUGGCUAUGGUCAACCUCAACAAUACGACCAAUCUCAUCAUGGAAAGCCCCAGUACCAGACUGCCUACCCUCUUGGAAACCAACAGGGCUACCAGCAACAAGGAUAUCCUGCCCAACAACAAGGUUACCAGCAGAACCAACAGCAACAACAAGGAACACAGCAGAUGGACUACGAAGAGGAGAUCAAGAAGAACCUCCCCAAGGUUAUUCGCUUCCUCAAGAAGAACUGUUGUACAGUCAUGUAA